CCAAGACUUGGAACGGCAUCAAAGUCUCUUUUUUUCUUUUUCUUUUUUGACAAUCUAUUGUAUUACAUUACAUAAAACUAACGAUGGUAUACUUUCCAUGCUUGCUUCAACCUGAAAUCGGGAAAAGCUUUACUGGCAGAUGAUGGAGAUUCAACAUUUCUCUGACGAGCACCCAUUAGAAUUAUUCGAAAAUGGUGUUGCGUCUUUUGCCGGUGAAGACGUCCAAUGCCACUUGUGCACCGGGUAUCUCUUCAUUCAUGAAGCGGUUCCGGUGUACGGAUGUAGGGAUUGCGGGAUCUACCUCCACAAGCACUGCGCUAAGCUGGUUGCCCAGGUCGAACACCCUCUCCACCCUCUCCACCCGCUCAUUCUCGAUAUCGGGAAACGCGAGAAUGGCUGGAGGGGAUACCGAUGUUCUUGCUGUCAAAAGACCCCAGGAGACGUCUCGUUGUCCUCGUACCAUUGCAGCCGAUGCAACUAUGAUCUGGAUCCAGAAUGCGCUGCCCUUGUUCCAACCAUGAAGCUUCGGGACCCCAGCCACCUCUUUUUCCUCUUUGAAGAGGUAGGCAUCUCCGAAGGUUCCAGGUGCAGUGUCUGCGGUGAUGACUUCAGCGGCACCGACUCCAAGAUCAAUUCACCUAUUUUUGUUUGUGCAAUUCCUGAGUGUGUUCAUGCUCUUCAUUUGCACUGCGCCCCUAUCACUCUACCGGAGACAGUCAGGCACGAGUUUCACAAUUACCACGACCUCGUCUAUACAAAAUCAGUGGCUGAAGGAGGGCAUUGGGAUGGUCACUACUGUGAUGCCUGCGAGGAGAAAAGAGAUCCCAAGUUUCCGGUCUAUUACUGCAUGGAAUGCAAUUUUGCUUGUCAUGUCUUCUGUGCCAUUUCCAAGGAGUUACCUUCUCUAAUAGAAGCGUAUGAGAAUGACUGUUUACAGAGAGGUGCCUCCUUAGACGCAUUUCUUCGCUAUUAUGAAGACAAGUUGCCAAGGAUGCGCUCGGAAAAAGAGAAAAUAGAAACCAACUUGAAGGAGAUACGGCUGGAAAUCGAGGCACUUAGAGGUUCUCUCGGAGUAUCUGAGUUGUCUGCUGAUUGAUGAUGGCACGGCAGCUAUGCUUGUGUUUUGCAGGAUAUAUCAAUCAUAGACAGCCACGGUUGCCCAUGAAUGAAAUGUCCCCGUUUAAGUUGGCAUGCGCGCAAGCUUCUUUCUUUCCUUGAGGUACUAAUUUCAGCUCUUGUUGAGAAUAUAAAAGUCAAUUGGGAAAAGUUAAUUCCACAUCGGAAGUAGAAAAGAAAAUAUAAUGGUUUAUAUGGGAUUGAGUCUUACAAUUUAUCCGUUCGAAUUUUUGAGUUGAAAGUUAAGUCCAAGUCCAUGUAGUGCGCCUUAUGUUAAUUAGGCCCGAGAGUGGCUUGGUCUGGUUCCGAAGUGCACCUCUAGUUAGGCCUGGUAGCUAAAGCUCCUAGAGGUUAGUUUGAUUUGUCCCCCCUCGCCCGAGCACCGAAGAAAAUGCCUGGCUUGUGGUCAGUUGUUGAGGGCGGGUGUUUAAGGGCACGUAACACGUGAUGUGUGUGCCACGUGAGCCCAGUGGGUAUUUUACAGCUCUCCUGGAAACUGGUUCCGAACAUCUAGUCAAUUUGCUUGACGUUAAAACUCAUGCUUCCCUAUUCUAGUCAUAUGGAUCUUGAAGGUCAUCUUUUCUCACCAGGCUAAGUGAAACUGUUUGAUCACGGUUCACAUCACCGCACUUACCUAAGAAAUAAACUAUGUUGUUGUUGAUGAUCAAGAUUUUCAUUGCUCGUCUUGUAAUAAUCUAAUUUCUUGCUCUGCAUUAUUGGGCUGAACCUCAACUGGAAUGGCCAGAUGAUUAUCGACUGGGAUCCGAUAGUUGUAAUGGAUAAUGAAGCAGGGACACAAUUUCAAUUAAUUACUGGCUUUUGUGGA